GCGUACAAAAGAAUGAGUAGAACCAAACCCCAUAAACGCCUUCAACCCCGCAAGUCUUCUCAUUCUUUCACAGAGGAACAAAUGAUGGGUUUAGGGUCUUUCGCAGCAUCGUCGUCAUCAUCUUCCUCAAAUUUGUCGCCUUUAGCUCCCCCUUUUACUGUUGAACGAUCUAACUAUAAUAAACUCAAUUUGAGUUCAAAUCGAGAUUCCCAUUUCAAUGGCACGUCAGAUGGAGUGCCCUUCACCUCCCCUUGGCCCAAUUUUCACUCUUCAACUGCUAGACAGGGUUUAUUGGCCGAUUCGAUAAGGACUGCAACCGUUCCUUCUGCAAAUAGUUAUAUGGUUCCUGAGCUUAUCAAUUCACCAACCACUUAUAAUUGGGAUUCUCUGCACUCUGUAAUUAAAUCAGGUUUGGAACCUAUAAAUGCGCCUGCUUCCCAUUUGUCUGCUAUGAACCCUAAUCCACAACCUCUAAAUGCGCCUGCUCCCCAAUUGUCUGCUAUAAACCCUAAUCCACAGCGUGUCAUUGAUUCAUCGUCUUAUAAUCGUACUGAACCAUUCUAUUAUCCCUGUGUUUCAUGGUCGUCCGAUGAAGAUGAUGCUCCCUUGGCCCCCCUUAAUGAGGAUUUCUCGCAUAAUCGGGGUCUUUUUCAUGGUCCUGGAUCUUCUCAAGUUGAUUAUAGCCAACACUUGUCUGGAUUGAAGUAUAAUGCCCCACAGGUCGGCACCUGGGGAGGACUAGCAGAUGGAUCAAGAGGAAAUAAUUUGGACGCUGAACAGAGUUUCUUCUCAGAGGAGGCAAACGUUGCAGGUUCACUUGCUUGUAGGAGUUAUAUGAAUCAAGGUGCUUAUGAUGUCGAGAGUUUGAGCAAGGGAAAAGAAGAUCCUGCCAUGUUUCCUGGAAGACACUCCAAUCUUGUAAGAGAAAAGAACAUAGGACCUUCAAUCGUUGGGAAGUCGCAUGGUGCAUCAUUUUCUGCGGUUAAUCAGGGGCUUAAUCUGAAUGGGUUCUCCAAAGAACUUACUUUUACAGCCUUUCCUGAGUUUUCAGAAUCUCAUCCAUUGGUACCCUCUCCUGAACCUCCCAAAGAACCCUGGAAUAACCAUAGUUCAUACACUCCAUAUGGAACAAGAUCAUUAUUUGAUACCUAUACUAAUCUCAAACCACCGUCAAUAACAAAAUCUUUGCCGUCUGUCGUGAUAAAACCUCCAGCUUCACUUUCCACCUUUUCAGCUCAGGGUGCUGUUUCUAGCAAAAAUGUGGAGAUCAGCAGCACUCCAGCUUUUAACAGCAAUGAUGUUUUGGUUAGUCAUAAACCCUUAAAAGAAAAGGAGUCUCAUCUUCCACUAGGUUUUGAAGCCAAAGGUAGUUCUUUAGCUUUAAACCAACUGAGCUUUCAAAUAGGAAGAAGUGAUGAUCAUGUGUUGGUUGAUUCCUCCGCAAGGAGAGAUGCAUCCAACAUGAUGUCUACCGACGAUCAGUUGGAUUUCAAGUUCAAAUCAAUUCCGAAUGUCCAAUUUCCUGAUAUCAAUAUCACCAAAGAUGGGAAGUCUGCAACAAAUUUGUCAGAGCAUUUAGAUCAUCAUAACCCUGCUGAAGAUUCUCCAUGUUGGAAAGGUGCUCCCACUCACUUUUCACCAUUUGGAUCCCCAGAUGCAGAACCACCUCAGCAUCCUAUGAAGAAACGUCAUGAACAUAGUGUUUCCAAUGAGAGAAUAUUAGCUUCUAAGCCCACUGAAAAAGACCACAAGUCUGGUGGAGCAGUGGUUGUGGGAUUGGAUUCUGUAGAAGCUAGCAAAGGACAAGCUCAGUCUUCUUGUGAUAUGGCCAGACAUAGAAAGGAAUAUAGUUUCUUGAGCGAACCAUCAAGUAAUGCAAACUCUCAAGCUUCUAAACUGAAGCUACCAAAUGUCAAUGAGGAUGUUCUGUUAUCUGGUAUGAUAAUCCGAUCAACAGAUGGAAUUGUGGGGCAGACUCUGCAUGCCUCCAUAGAAAAUGCUGCUGAUAUUGCAUCGGCUGAAAAUUUUGACGUGAAUGUUAUUGUUAAAGCACUGAAUAACCUCUCAGAGUUGCUUUUACUUCAUUGUUCAAAGGAUGAAUGUGCACUGAAGGAACAAGAUCGCAAUGCCCUUGAUCAUAUUGUUGGCAAUCUUAAUGUCUGUAGGUCUAGAGAAAUUCAACAAGCGCCUCCCACACAAAAUUAUAAAUUGCCUCAGCAUAUCAGUUCAAAUGUGCUUCAGGAGGGUGCUUUUGUGGGCAAGUCUCAAGUGACAAAUGGAAGUAGCGGUAUAUUUUAUGAUCAGGCUGGUCAUCUGUCUGCUCUUCAUAUGGAAAGGAACAAUGAUCAUUUUGCUAAGAAUAUUGAGAAACUACAGGGUGCUUCUUUGAGGGACAUUGAUAUACAGAAAGAUCAUAACAUGGUUCAGACAAUAAAGAAGGUACUUGAUGAGAACCUAGAGUGCAAGGAGGAUCUACCAUCCCACAAUCUGUUGUACAAGAAUCUGUGGCUUGAAGCCGAAGCAGAGCUGUGUGCCUUGAGUUAUAAAGCUCGCUUUCAUCGUGUGAAGAGAGAGAUGGCCAUAUCUGAAGCAUCAGACCCAGAUGUAUCUGAAGUUAGUUCUGACAUAAAGAAAAUCUCAAACUCCAAUUUUUCUUUAAUUUCUCCCAAACUGAUAGAUGAAGCUUCUGGUAGCAAGCCAUCAAAUAUCCCCCCACAUAAUCCUUCUUUGCCAAAUUUUGAUGGCAACAUUGAUGAUGUUGAGAGUUCAGUAAUGGCCCGAUUCAAUAUCCUGAAACGUCGUGAAGAGUCAAAACCUGUUAAUACGCCAGAGAAAGAAGCUGUGGAUGUUGAAGUUUCUGGUAAUGACAUUCAAAGCUCUGAGGUGGCUGAGGGACCCCAUUUGCCGCAUGACCUUGGUAAAGAUGAUGCAGUAGUGAUAUAUUCUCAUGGUAACCAAAAGAUGCAGCACCAGCUGGCCUUGGAUACUAAGGAUGUUGAGCAUUCAAUUAUGGCAAGAUUGAAUGUUUUGAAGGGCCGAGGUGAGUCGGAUCCUGUUAAUGUUGAAUGGCAAGUUUUGGCAGAUGGUGCUCAUUUCCAGCAUCAAGCUGGUAAAGCAGAAGAUAAAAUGGGUUUUGUUGGGACAAGCGUGAUGCAGAAUCGGUUCGAGUCUGGGCUGUACUCCCCUUCCUACAAUGCAUCAUCAGACUGGGAACAUGUUCUAAAGGAUGAAUUUUCUUGACAUAGUGAUGUUGAGAUUAUGAGAUGGAAUCAAUCUUUUGGACUUGAUAGGUACAUAAGUAUAUCAUCAAACAUUGUGUAUAUUUGUGAUAUAUUGGGAUUGUAUAAAGUUGUCUUAUGUUUUCUUAUAAACACAAAGCUUGUGUAUGAUGAGACACCAAAGCACAAGGGUCGGACCCUGAACGAGAAAACAAGGUUUAUACUGAAAUAAUGGUAAAGCCACACAAUCGCGCUUGUGUGUAAUUUAUG